AUGGCACUCAGCUCGACGGUUGUUUGUCUUCUCGCCGGACUCAGUCUCGUCAGGGCGGAUGUGGGCGUGACCGCGCAGCAUCUUGGCCCAGCGGAUCAGCAAAAAGCGGCCUUGUAUCCAGCAGCCGGCUUUAAGCCUUCUAUACAGUUCGGCCUCUCGGCAACCUCCCAGCAAUCAAAAUCCGCUCGCCUUGUGGUCAACAGUGAAGCGCACGAGGAUCUUGACGACGCCGCCGAGGAGGUGGAGGUAACCCAACCCAAGGCAGAUCCUGUGCCACGCCGCAUUCCUGCUCCAGGGCCAGCACUGCCGGUAACUCCCACCAUCGCAUACUAUCCGGCCGGAGCCGUGGGAUUCGUCCAGCCAGCUACAUUCGCCAAAUUCAUCGGAGGCCCACAACACACGGCACCAUAUGUAGACGCGUCCCAGUACUACCAAGCCUAUUUUGGAUGA